AUGUCUCUAUGUGAAACUAAUGGAAAAAUUAAUGGAAAAAGUGAUUCCGAUAUUAAAGAAAAGCCAUAUUCGCCUUUUAAAUCUUGGAUUAGAAUAGAUCUUGAAGAAAUUAUUUUUUUACCAAAGAAUGAAUAUAUUUCAACGAAACGAUGUAAACAUAUCGAUUUUAUGUUUAAAUGGACAGAUAGAGUCAUUAUUAUCGGAUUUAAUGCUUCUAAUUUUAUUGAAGAAGUUCAAAUUCCUUUGAAUCAAAUUGUUGGAAUUAAAAUUACAAAUAAAAAUUUUCUUGAAAUUUCUUUGCGAUCAAACUUUUCUAAACACUUCUACCGUCGUAUUAUAGGUGAAAAUGGCAAAAUAACUUCUUCGGCGAUUCAUAAUGAUCCAACAAGUGGUCGGUUGAAAGAUCCUACUACCCUCGUGCUUAUUCCUUGUCAAAAAGUUCAUCCUUCAACUCUUACCUUUAUCAACAUCGGAAUUCAAAAAUUUCAUUUGAAUAAAUCCUCAACAAUUCGGAAGAAUGCGAAUGAUAAAUAUUUAGUAGAGGAGAUCUCUAAUCCUAUAUAUGAACAAGAUGAACAAGAUUCAGAAAAUGAUAUGCUCCAUAUAACUUUUCAACUUUUAACUCAUUCUCGUGCGUUAUUAGUUCCAUUUACAAUCUCAUUGGCAGAUUUAUUUCUUAGAAUUCAGUAUCGAUUUAUGAUAAUUAUUGAAAGUUUCGAAUAUAAAAAUAUAUUUGAUGAUUUUAUCACUGUUGAAUGUGAAGAAGAUUGGAAAAUUGCAAAGAUUGAUCGUGAUGUUGUUGAUAAAUUGAAAAUUAUUAUUAGAAUUUCAUCAAGAUGA